AUCUCGCAUUUCUGUUCCAAUUCCUACUAUAUUUUUAAUUUUUAUAUUUUCCGGCGAAAAAAAAUCAGAAAUAAAGACUCUACCAUGUGGACGGAGAUAAUCUGCGGACUUGUCAUUUACCGGUUGUUCCGCUAUUUCUUCUACGGCGGCGACAUUUUAGAUGUGGAAACAUCUGAUUUUAAUGCUAUUUUCUCCGUCGCCGAUCGACUUGAAAAGCUCUAUGGGGGAAAAGUGUAUGUGGGGCUUAACAUUCCGGAUGCUGACACAGGUUCUCGACAGAAUAUUGAUAUGGUUCUUGUUACUAAAGGAGAGGCGGCAGUUAUUUCUGUCAAGAAUCUGUCAGGUUUUGUUUCUAUAAAUGAGGAUGGUAGCUGGACUUGUGAAGGUGGCAGUAGUCACAGGACAGAGCAUCACCCUGAUCCUGUAGCAGAGGCUAAGAAACAAGCUUUAGUCCUUGAAUCAUAUCUUGAACAAAGAGGAGUUGCUUUACCAGAAGGAUAUUUUUCUUACAAAGUUGUAAUUCCCAAUCCAAAAUUCCGUGCCAUUUAUAACAAUUUUCCGUCCGAGGUUAUCACUUAUGAACAGUGGGUGCAACUAAAACCAGAAGCAAAAAGUAUGUUAUCUGGAUGGAUUAAGGGUGCCUUUCGUGGUGGGAAGAAGGAGAUGCAGGAAUCUUUCCAUCAGCAACUUAACUUUACCCUUAGCACAGUCCCCAUGUGGGACAGGCUAGAGCUUAAAGGUAGCAAAUAUGUUCUUGGAGAAUUUCUGGAAUUUAAAGGGAAGCAAGAGGAUGUCCUGGCUUUGAGAAAUAUCAAGAGAUCAAAAGUUAGUCGCCUUAUCAUCCAAAAGACUAGCAUGUUUGGACUAGCCCCUUCAAAGCUCCAGGUGAUGUACUCUCCUCGAGAUUAUCGAAGUGAUGGAGCUUCAGCUUCUGAGUGGAAGGAAGUAACCAUAAGAUCAAGUACUGAGGUCAUAUUCCAGCCUCAAAAUUCUACCAAAGUCCGCAAGUACAAGUUUUCGUCCAUCACAUCUAUGUCACUAAGUGCCUAAGUAAAUCUCAAAUGAAGACUAUUUAUGUCAUCUUUGUGUGAUAAUGAAUCAGAUUGUUAAAAAAAAAAAAAAA